AUGAUGAAGCUCAUGCCUCCCUGUGACUUUUUGGGAGGCGCCCUCCACAUCUGUUCGGAAGGAAUAACGAGGAACAGAUUGAGAGACCUCUUCAAUCCUUCAUCGAUAUAUCCGGGACUGAAAGUCGAUAGAGAGAAGCUGGAGAACAUUAGACAAUGUCUUUUUGGAGUUACAAAUUAUACGUACUCCAGUAGCUUGAUCUUAUCAUUAGAAGAUAUACCUACGUGCAAAGCUGCUGAGAUCGAUGAGCUUGCCUUCGUGGCGUUUCCGUUGGCAGCUGCUGUUGAUUCCAUUACUUGUCCAGUAUCUGCUGCCGGACUACUUGGUUACUGGUUAACAAUCAGAGUGAUUUCGAAAAAGAGGGAUCUGACAACAACAGUGAUAGAGAUGAUCCAACAUGUGGCCCAGCAAACUAGGGACGUAUGGCUACUCACAGCAGAGAAGGUCUUCACAAUGAAAUGCCAUUGGUUCUUUGAUCAUGCCAUGGACAUUGAACUCCUACACCAAGGAUCCCUAUAUCAGUGGACCUCAGCGCCUUUUGAAAGUCAUCACAGGAGGCUGCAACUCAAGAUGAAUCAGACAGCCACGAAUAGCGCAUCCUUAAUUCUUGAAAAAUACCUACUCACUAAGAAGAUCAGGAAUUUGUUCUACAACUGCAGCGAAAACAAUGAAAGCCCCCUGUUUGAAUCAUUCAAAGAAAAAAUCGAAAACAAACAUACAAAAAGGCAGUUUCUGAUAUUCCCUCUCGAAGUUCGCGUAAAUGAACACUGCUACAUCCCAAAGAAUAGCCGCAUCGAUUUGAAGGAUCUGCAAGAGCCCGAACGAACAAGAAUCUCACGCUCUUCAGAUGAGCCAUAGUA